CGCAGCAAUUUGUUUUCUCUAUGCCGUUCCCAUGGCUUUAACUUACUGAGUAAAAAGGCUGCCCAGAAUGCGGAGGACCGAAAGGACCAUAGUGGGACGGAACGCCGCUCAUGGACGGUCACACAGGCUAACCUUGGAUUUUGGAAAAGGUUUGGCAAUGCGAUAUCGUGCUUCGGAGGAUUUAAGUUUAAACGCGCGGACUCAGGAUUUAUAAAGAUCACAGUGUGUGGGUGUGUGGGAUUACAAGUCUCAAAGCACCGUUCUGAGGCUCAUUGAAGAUACUUGCUUUGAAGGAAUGCGAAUACAUCACCUUGUACACAAUCCCGCAAGACGCCAGUGCCCUCACAGUCGACAAGCAAUGAUAGAAACCUUCACCCGAAUACUCAGAAUUUCUAUGGUUUUGCUGCUGCUGGGCCCAGAACUGCUGAACUGUCAGUACGGCAAUCAACACAGGAAGGUUCCUCAGAGGAUAGAGGCCCAGCAGGACGCUGAAUUUGGGGAGGCAGCAGAGCCAGGUUCCUGGGGGCCCUGGGGGCCCUGGGGGGGCUGCUCCCGCACUUGUGGGGGAGGGGUGCAGGAACAGACCCGACCCUGCCUGUCAUCUUACCCGUCCCAAACCGCCCACCCCCCUCUGCCGUCCGGGCACGUGGUGUCAGCCCUGCGGCCCUCCGUCCCCCUGCACCGCGACACGGGACAGCCUCUGUACUCCAAUGGGACCGGGACGCACCCCGGGGCCCGCCGGAAGCUGAUCGGCCUGCAGCGAGACCCCCGCUUCGGCCGCAGGAGGGGCAGCGAUGGCAAGCGCAUCACCCCCGGCAGGUACGGCUACGGAAAGAUGCCCUUCGUCAUGCCGCUGCAGACAGACUCCGGGCAGGAGCAGGGUGGCCCUCCAGCCCGGAGACUGCGGCGGGCCCCUGCAUCCGGCCCCCAGUACGGGGGCCACCAGAGCGCCUACAGGCAGCACGGCCCCAACUACGGCUACAGCGGGGCCCAUCACUGGCCCCAGGAGUCCCAGCCAAGGACACACCCAGCCCAGACCUCACUGUACCAACCCGGCCCCGUCCACAACCCACAGCCUGGCCUGCAUCCUGAUGGCCAGACCACGCACGAUGGACCCCACAGUCCCCUGCCUGCCUCCUCCUGCACAGGAUCCCCGAAGCGGCACAAGAUCUGCAACAUCGAUUCUUGUCCCCCCACCAGCCAAAGUGUGAGAGAAACGCAGUGCUCUUCUUACAACAACCACCCCUUCAUGGGUCGCUUGUAUCAGUGGGAGCCUUUUAAUGAAGUCCGGGGGGACCAGCCCUGUGAGCUCAACUGCCGAGCCAUUGGAUUCCGUUUCUACGUGCGACAGGCAGAGAAAGUCAUCGACGGGACGCCAUGCGGAGACAACGAGACCUCUGUUUGUGUGGAGGGGACGUGUCAGCGUAUAGGCUGCGAUGACUACCUGGGCUCCGGUAAUGUGCUGGACAAAUGCGGCGUGUGCGGUGGGGACAACUCCAGCUGCCAGGUGGUCUCCGGGCUCUUCCAGCACGCCCUCACCAAGGUGGGCUAUCACAAGAUCGUGGAGAUCCCAGAGGGAGCCACCAGGAUCAAUGUCACCGAAAUGAUCAAGAGCCGGAACUACCUGGCGCUGCGCAGUCGUUCCGGACGCUCCAUUAUCAACGGAAACUGGGCCAUCGACAGACCGGGGAUGUACGAGGGAGGGGGCACCAUGUUCACAUACCGCCGGCCCAAUGAGAUCAGCAACACGGCCGGGGAGUCCUUCCUGGCUGAAGGGCCGACCAAUGAGAUUCUGGAUGUCUUUAUGAUCUAUCAGCAGCCGAAUCCUGGAGUGCAUUACGAGUACGUUCUUCCUGCGGAGAAUCCAGCCAAUCCGCAGUUUCCUUCCGACACCAGGCCUGGUGGGAACACUGUGAAUGGCCGGGGCGGGUAUAUCCACCCCAGCCACCCCCGACAGAUCCCCGACAACCAGGUGCCAGCACCUCAGCCGCCCAGACGCCAGCGCGAGCACAACUGGAAACUUGUGGGCAUGACGGACUGCAGCUCCACGUGUGGCCGAGGUACCAAGUACACGGUGUUCCGCUGUGUCCACAGGGUGACUCAUGAGGAGGCGACAGAUAGCCUGUGUGACAGUGCCACCCGGCCCAAUCCACAGGAGGAGCCCUGCAACAUGCACCCGUGCCCUGCAUACUGGGACAUUGGCGAAUGGUCAGAGUGCAGUAAGACCUGUGGCCUGGGCAUGCAGCACAGACAGGUUCUGUGCAGACAGGUGUAUGCCAACCGCACCCUGAACGUACAGACCAGUCGCUGCAGGCACCUGGAGCGGCCCGAGACCACCAGCACCUGCCAGCUGAAGAUCUGCAGCGAGUGGCAGAUCCACACUGACUGGACCCCUUGCUCUGUCCCAUGUGGGGUGGGGCAGAAGUCCCGGGAGGUGCGCUGUGUCAGUAACGUGGGAGACGCCGUGUCGGACGAGGAGUGCAACAUGAAGCUGCGCCCAAACGACGUGGAGAACUGCGACAUGGGCCCCUGCGCCAAGAGCUGGUUCUUCACAGAGUGGGGUAACCAGUGCUCAGUGGAGUGUGGUUUGGGAGUGAGAACCCGGAGCGUGCUGUGUCUCAACAAUCACAUCAGCAGCCUGCCUCUGGAGGGCUGUGGGCCGGAGCGCCCCCAGGAGACCCAAGUGUGUAACAGCGGCCCCUGCGACACUCGCAUAGAGUGGUUCACAGGAGAGUGGAGCCAGUGCUCUGCGGAGUGUGGGGCGGGCACUCAGCAGAGGGAGGUGGUGUGCCUGAUGAAGUCGGACGGGGGCUUCUCGGUGCUGCCGCCCUACGAGUGCUCGUCCCUGAACCGCCCGCUGAGCCAGCAGACAUGCCUCCUCAAGCCCUGCGGUGCCAAGUGGUACCACACCGACUGGAGCGCCUGCUCGAAGACGUGCGAGGGAGGGUUCCGGGUUCGGGAGGUGCGCUGUCUCUCAGACGACAGGCUGGCCAGCGAGGCCUGCGAGGCACAGGCUAGGCCAGAAGAGCGGGAGGUCUGCAGCCCAGAGCCCUGCACGCCACAGAUAGAUGAGAACUGUCGAGACAAGUACUUCAACUGCAACGUGGUGGUCCAAGCACGCCUGUGCGUGUACAAUUACUACAAGGCGGCGUGCUGCGCAUCCUGUUCCCGCAUGUCCCAGCGACAGCCAGGACUCCGGGGGGCCAGAUAGCACCAUCUCCUUGGCUUCUCCACCAGUGGGCGCUAACUUGUUUCCAGAGCUGGCCCUGCUGACCCAGGCAGGCAAGCUAUGGCGUGGGGAUAACAUUGACUGUGGAUGGACACUGUGGAUAUUCAACAGAGCACAGACAAAUUUUAAAAGACUAGGACUAGUUUGGAUAUACAUGUGACCUCAUUCUUAUGCUGGAGGCCCCUUGCACAGCAUUCGGUGUGGAUGGCUCUCUCUGAUUGGAUAAGAGGGGCCAACCCAGGAGACUCCUAAACUCAUUUUUGGAUUUUGAUUGGAAAGGUUAGAUUCAUCCACGUUCUCUGUACUGAAGGAAUACCAGGUUGUGCUGUCGCUCUCCUGUUUUCGAAAUCAGCUGUGAAUGGACUCUGAUUCACAAUGGUGCUUCAACAUUCAAAAUUCACUCCUCUGAAAUUCUGGUCAUGGACAAUGUGGAGUAUUUUUCCACAGUUUCACUGGAAAGAUUGUGUAAGGUUCUGUUAUUGGGACUGUAUACUUGUUUUUUUACAUACAUAAUGUACAUAUGAUGUAUACUUCAAAAUACAUGUAUUUAUGAUGAGAUGAUGAACAUUAAAUGGGAUCUACCUUGUUUUACCACUUGUUAAUAAGACUGAAUAGUGUUCCUAACCUAUAACAUGCUCAGAUUUUUGCCAGUAAUUGGUGCUUCUAAAGACACUGCAGAUUACUGUGUUCAUCCUGCCAGCAACCUCAAAAUAAACCUGAAAGUUUAGGAAAUUAUGCUUUAACCACAACCAUUUCAAUUAAGUUCUGGAUUUAUGUAGGCCGCUUGCAGUAAUAUAACUUACUCAAGAGAGAGAUUUGUUGUGUCUCAUAUCUUCAACACUCUGAACCUCAUUUGAGUUUUCCCUGUAUGUACAGUAAGGAUAAUUAUAACUUUUCUUGUAUGUAAGGUAUUAAGGUGUUAAAUUCAGGUCCAGAAAGUAAAAGUCAUCCCCAGUAUGUUCUUCCAAUCACCUUGGUUUGCUAAUUAUCACAAUUAUUCAGCCAGAACCAGAACCAAUUAGUGAAAUCAGUUGGCUGAGAUAGUGGGUGGAAGAAACUUUUGGCAGGACUUUUACUUUCUGAACCCUGGACUUUC